CGAAGAGGCGCGCGCGCCGGUACAUCGCGCCACUCGACAUCGAACGCACAAAACAUGUGGUUGAAAAUUUAAUAAAAGCAUUCCCCUGGAUAUUCCUUACACCUUCCUGUUAAUUAAUAUAGAAAUAAAAUUACGCCGCGGAGGUUAAGAUCACUCAUCGCAUCAUGGGUCAAGAGCAGUCCUUCGUUACUCACGCAAACGUUGCACCUGUAAACAACUACCAGGACAAAUACGAAAAUCCGAUACAGUACAGAGUGUCUCCUACCGACUAUCGAACGAGCGACUACGAUAGGAAAGACUACAAGCGCCACAGAGCGAGAAGAAGCGCAGAGAGUUUCAAAAGCGAAAAUUCCUCGACCGAAAGCAGCGGUUACAGGAGCGGUUCCAGCGCUUACGAAACCCGUUCCGACAGAUCGACAAACAGCGAUUAUUACUGCACAUCCCUAUACAAGAACGAUCAUUAUAAAGACAUCAACAAGGAAAUAUACAAACCGAUUAAAUUAUCCAAAGAUAAACAUUACAAGCAACUGUUUGACGACCAAGACGAUAUUAAAAGGAGGGGUUACCUGAGUGAAGCCGAGAAAGCCAAACUAAAAGCAGGUCCGACGACUAAGAAGGCCGGCAUAAGAAAUUACACACCGAAAAUAAUAUCGGCCGAGGAACAGCGGAAGAAGAUAGAGAAUUGGAUUUAGUUGAGAUUAGUAGGAUAAGCUGUAAAUAUUAGUUUAGACGUAGAUGUAUAUGAAAGGAAAUAAUGGAGGCGGCAGGAGCGUUGGCAAGUUUGGCGCCUUCUCCCAUCACCGUGCUGGGACUGAUACCACUCCUAGCUCUCGGAAUCACGUACUUCAGAUAUCAGCAAUUCGACCCAGAGUCAUACAUAGCGGA